AUGAAGUACUCUGCGUACGCAAUUGUCGUCCUUUGUGCGCUGAGUGGAUUAUCAAAGGCUGAGCAAGCGUAUACUGUGAAAAAUGAAGCUGUUCAAUGUUUUAAUGGUGACGUGGAUAGCAUCUAUCAUUGUGAAUUGAAACUCGUUGGACGACAGCGUCUACUUAAUGGCACCAUGUCAGUCGACGAGGACAUGACCAGCGAACACUAUACAUUUCAAGUAGAGGUGUUCACCUCCCCACUGGGCGAUGAUCAGUUCAGGCUGUUGCCUAUGGGUGUACCGCGCACCGGCGUUUGUGAGGGUCUUCGGUAUUUGUACACCAAACAGGUGCAGCCGUCGGUUAUUCAGGGGAAACACACCAAUUUCCCUUUUGUGCCUGAGGAGGGUCUUUGUCCUAUACCGAAAGGUGAAUACUUCAUAAAAAAUAUAGAGUACGACACCGAUUCUUGGCCAAAUCAAAUACCGCGUGGCGUUAUUAAAACAGUAAUAACAUUUUUCAAAGACGGAGUAAAUAUUGGCGGCUAUGUAAUACGUAUGCUCGUAGAAGAUCGUAAAUGA